AUGGAAUCUUUAGAAAACAAGAAAAGUUUGAAAAGAAAAAAAAGAAUGAGCAUUGAUGAGCUAAAAACAGAAAUUUCUUUAUCAAAUAGCUUUCAUCCUUCUGAAACAGCUGAAACAUUCAAAGCAAAAUCUGAUAAUUUAUCCAACAGUUUUGAAACAGAGCCAAACUCAGCCAUCGACGUCAUAUCAGGCCACAGUUGCAAUAUCUCUCCAGAUAGAUCUCCUUUAUUAGACUUUCCUAAAAUAUCAGCUAGAAUAAAAGAUCACAGCAACCCAAAAUUUUCUGAGAUUGUUGAUAAAAUAAAAAACCCAACUGAAUUUGAAAUUUUAUGGGUUCAGUGAUCAAGGAAUCUUGCUUGAAGAAAUAUAAAAGAGUUUAUUUUAUGGAUAAAUCGAGAUUAUAAAAGGUCAAUAAAUGAUAAAAGUAAAGGAAAAUAUGCAAGGAGUGCUAAAAGAGAAGAUAGAAAGGACAGGCUAUGGUAUAGAGAAAAAACACAAAAUAUUGGCAGUUAUGUAAUAGAAAAUAAUGAAGCAAGUAUCAUUAAUCCAAAUUCAACAGAAAGCUGCUGAAAAGAUCUUUUGUUUGACUCUGAAAAUACAGAUUUAAAAGUUUCAUUACCUGUCUUAGACAACUAUUUCGAGUCAGAUUUCUUGAUUUUUGAUAUUUUACUAUUAGGAUUCGGCAUCUCUUUAAAAGGAAUCACACCGAGAGCAACUGCCCUCAAAUUAAAACUAGAUUCCUUAAAAAUUGCCUUAUCAUCUAAUUUAGCGCUUCAAGAUCGACAUAAGGUUUUGCUACAGCUUAUCCCCUUGCUGCUUAUUAAUUGCCAGUUUUCAGAAGCUGAAAUUAAAAUAGAUUCAGCGCAGCAAAUUUCUGACUCCCCAGAGUUAGACUUAUGGAGAGGCUGGCUAUCAUUGAUAGACUACGAAAAAUCCAAGAAAAAGCCAAAAAUUAUUCAAAAUUUUUCAAAUUUAUUCGUUGAAGGACCUAUGAAAAUUUUAAGCGAAAUUGGGAGCAUCUUAAAUAUUUUUUAUUUUUCCUGAUUUGGAUAUAGUAGAAGCAUUAGUGCUUUAAAGCAGCUUAGAAUUGGCAAAUACGAGGAACUUGUUUCUGCAUUUAUUAUGUAUAAAACUGGUGACUCAAGCCUAGAGAAUACUGCUGUUGAGAAGUUUAAUUUAUGCUUACAAGUUGGUGAGGACAUAGGAAUGCUGGCAUUUUUAAUACUAUAUAGACACUAUAAGAAUUAUGACAAGUACAAAGCAAUCGUAGCCAUGUGCAAUUUGCUAAAAUCUUUUCCUUUAUCUGAAGACUCAUUAUCAAUUGUUACUUCAUGCUAUAUUAAAACUUCAGGAAAGCUCAGGCAGCUAAAAGAAAUGCCACCAUCAGCCACAAAUAUUUUAAGCUAUUAUCAAUAUGCAAGAACCUCUAUAAAAUACUCUCUGAAUUUGCCUAUACACUUAGUGAGAAACUGCAUUGAGACAGUUGUGAAAUAUUUAGAAAGAUUCAAGCUGAAUAAUUAUCUGUUUUAUGCCUUGGUAACUUUUAUGUAGUUUUGAAAAUUUCAGCUUUACCGAGUUAACGGAAUACAUUUCACAGCAUCCUCAAUAGCAAAAUAUGCGUUAAAAUAUGAGAAAAAAGAUACAGCAAAAGAAGGGUCCAUAAAUAAAUUUCUGAAAAAAUUGCAGUUUAUUAAACAAUGCAUUGAGGCAAUUUAUAAAGGGUCUAGGGAUAUCAGCAUUGUAAGAAAGAUAGAAGAAUUCGACGAAUAUAUUGGAAAAGCAUUAGCAAUUUUGGUUGAAGUAAGAGUUAUAGCGCCUUUCUUAAGAUGGCGCGCAAUGUGCCAUCACUGGGCCAUGUCGGGAGAGGGUUCUCCACGAGGAAUGAUUCCACGUGUGGAACCCUCUUUUUCCACGAGCCAAAAAGAGGGUUCCACACGUGGAGCCAUUCCUCGUGGAGAACCCUCUCCCGACAUGGCCCGGUGAUGGCGCAUUGCGCGCCAUCUUAAGAAAGGCGCUAUAUUUAGAAGCCUCAAAGCUUGGCUUUGCAUCAGUCUUUAUUGGUCUCAAAAUAUCGAUUUGAAGGAUAUUUUAUUAAUUGAAUGAGAGUUUUCAAGCUAAAUAAAUUCAGAGAGAAGCAGGUCAAAUCUAGUGGAAGCCAAGAUGAUAAAGAUUUAAUUGACAAUUUCCACCCUCUUUAUUACAUAUCUCAACUGAAACAAAAUUAUUCAAUUGUAAAAGCAAGCCAUAGCUCAUGCUUAUCUUUGAAACCAUCUUCUCUGUGAAAUCUCUGUGGGAAAUAUUAUGGACCAAUAGGAAUUUCUGAUUCGAUUGACAUAAUGGAAGCAAAAACCUAUUUAAGAACCUGUAUCUCUAAGGCCAUAAAAGUCCUCAAAAAAGGUAUCGAAAGGCCAAACCCCAGCCCUCUGCUAUACUAUUUUUUAGGAAAAUACCAACUGGAACGACUGAAAUUAAAGGAUGAAAGAAAACAAACAAAAUUAACUGAAAUUUCAGGCUUCCUUAAAUCAUUUUCUCCAAUCCCAAGCACAUCUGACUUAUAUAAAGUCAAAGUUCUAUACCACCAAGCUGAACUUUAUUACUUUUACAGGGACUUAGAAGAAGCAUUUAAAUACUAUGAAGCUGCAGAGAAGGAAGCAGCCAAAUAUAACUGUAUAGAGUAUCUCAACAAAGAAAAUCACAUAAUCAACAAAAAUGUCUUUAAUGUAAAAUAA